UUUACCGACUUGCGUAAGGAGUAAACAUGUUGUAAAGAAUGAUUUAAAGUGUUUAUUUUCAGUAAAAAGUAAUGUUCAAGGAAUAAAACAAACAAUCUAUGGAGGUAUCGAAUAAAUUGAAAGAUAAAGACGCUUAAAAUACUUAAGAAAAGAGAGAAAACUUAAAACGAUGCGAUGUUAAACGGUUAACACGAACGAAACAUCAUACUGUGCGCGGAACUGUGUUUGUUUUGGCAUCUACGAACUGUUCCGGUCUCCUCUCUGUCCAUAAUACAGUUUCCUCUUUAUUCUCGUUUAGUAAAAGAUUUAAACUAAUAAUUACUGCGUUAUAGAUACAGCUUAUUAUAUCGUUUGUGGUUAAAGAGACAAAGUAAGGCAGCCGCAAUGCCUUUCAUGAAAGGGAAGUUCCCACUUCGGAGGACCCUGAAGUACCUGGAGUCGUCGAACCUCGUCCUGAAGGAGAGAGUAAAGAUUUUUGCCCUUCAUUACAACAUCAUAGGAAACCAUCAUCGAGGAGCAAAGGAGUUUGCCUAUUGGAACAUUCCUCAAAUUCAGUUCAAGAAUCCAGAUGUUCAGGUGAUAACAUUUAAGAACAUGACUCCAACCCCAUUCAUCCGCAUGUUUUGUGAGGAUGGAGAAGACAUUCUUGUUGAUGUGGAUUCCAAGUCGAGGACAGAAAUAACUGAUCACAUAAAAAAGAUAAUUUGCAAGACUGACGAGACUCUAGCCAAGGAAGCACUCGAGCGUCAGAGCUUGAAUAACCCUGGCAACUUUGGGUGGGGCUGUGAUCGGCAGUGUUUGUGUGAAAUUCCUGGACAGGUCCCGUGUCCUGGUGUUGUUCCAUUGCCAAAAGCUAUGCGUGGAAAAUAUAAGUAUGGUGAAGUCUUCGAUUAGAGGUUAGAAAUUAUAUAAGUCGUGUGUAAAUUUUAUGUAAAAUAAAAAUUUUUAUUUAAGAA